ACACUUAAAACAUCCGAUGGAUAUUUGUGCAUAUAUUUGCAGGAUUUUUUGACAGCGUCCAGCAACAUCUUAAAUAUAACACUGAAAAAAUCAUGGGACCAAAUUGCAAAGGAAGGCUUAUCAGACAGCUCAAGCCUGUUGAGGUCCAUUGAAAGAUAUGCAACAUUCUUUUCAACAAAUUCCUCCAUAAGAAAAAGCAACAUCAUGCUCAAGGGAAACGUACUCAACAUUAACACCCGCAACCCCAUCCCCUUUACAUUUGAAAACAGCAGCGUCUUGGUCUCCUAUCAAGGGAUCAACACUGCAGGCCCAGUCUCCAUCAAUAGCAUUCUAUUUACAAGCCUGUCGCAAAUCUUACCGAUGAGGAUCGGCAUGUCUCUGCCGUGUAAUAACCCGUACAACAUCAACAGCUUCAUAAUGGCCAUUGUUGACAAUGCACAAGGCAACAAGAGUAUCGUCUUGAACAUGUCUACACUGUACGCCCCAGACGAGACUGAGCCAACAUGUGCAUUUUGGGACUAUAACAUCGCCACAGCAAAAGGCACGGGAGGCUGGAACACCAACGGAUGCACCAUGCUCGAGUCGACGGCCAGCUUCACAAUAUGCGAGUGUGGUCACCUGACGUCUUUCAGCACACUUUUCUCAUCGAAGGAUACCUGCUCGAAUACCUUGUCGAUUAUCACCUAUGUAUGUAUUGGAAUAUCCAUCAUCAGCCUGAUCAUUGCAAUUUUUCUCGAGGCCCUUGUCUGGAAGAUCAUCAAGAGUGACCUCACCAAAUACGCACGGCACAUCGUUCUAGUCAACGUCUGCGUGUCACUCUUAUGUGCUGACGUCUGGUUUAUCAUUGCCUCAGCAAAGGCGAGAAAACAAAAUACAAUGCUAUGCCAUGCUGCCGUCUUUAUUGCCCAUUUUUUUUACUUGGCCCUAUUCUUUUUAACACUCUGCAAGGCCAUCGGUUUGUUUUGCUCUGUACACUUUAUAUUCCCCAUCAUGAAGAAACGUCACGUAAAACGGUUUCUGGUGCUCGUCGGCUAUGGAUGUCCCCUUGCAGUGGCCAUUGUCACCAUAGCAGUAACCUAUCCACGUGGAUAUGUCAGUGAAAACGCCUGCUGGCUUCAAUGGUACAAUUCUCGUGCCCUCCUGGCUUUCGUUGUGCCAGCCCUCACCAUCAUCGGCAUCAACAUGCUCAUUGGACUCGUUGUGCUUUUUAAGUUGCUGAGGAAUGGGCCAGUGACAAGGGUGAAUGGUUCCGGCACUACGGGGAAUAUUAUACGGAUCCUAAAGACCAUCACAGUCCUCCCGUUCAUUUUGGGGCUUACAUGGGGAAUUGGAAUUUUCACCUUGGACAAGAAGAGUCCAAUAGCAUUCCAUUACAUCUUCAGUGUGCUCAACGCUCUACAGGUAAUAGUAUUAAUGAAUCAAAUUGCUGUACUUUGCAAAGUUAAACAAAAAGUAAAAGUCAAAGUGUUUUCCCCUCUCAUCUGAAUAUCAUUAUCCCACUCCUAUUUACAACGCUAAGCCAGAUGUGGGAAUUCAACAUUUCUCUGGUGGGAGGGAGUCUUUCCAUCGGUCAACCUCAAAGUGAUACGCGUUUAUAUAAACCCCAGGGGGAUAAAGGGCUGAGUUAACCUCUGACUACAAUUUGAACUCGCAACCUGAUUUUGAACUGCGCACUCCACCACCAAAACAGGUUCUUGAACAGAAGUAUUGGUUGAUUCAUACAUCAGUUAAUAAACACUGUAUUUACAUUGGAUAAAAAAAGACUGAUUACAGUAAUUUUAUUUCAUUUGUAGGGAUUAUUUAUCCUAAUCAUUGAAGUGCUGUGGAACGACAAGGUAAGCAAGUAAUAAUAAUGUUAAUAUUGAAACGAUUUGUAUUUGAUGUAGUGUUCCGAUGCAACCUCGCAUCACUUACACUGUACAAUGCUGUGUAAUGUACAUAAUGUACAUAUGUGGAUGUAUAUAAAGUAUUGUAUGAUUAAUCACAAUGUUCACAAGUGAGUCAAUUUCAUUGUCACCCGAAAACAAGGUACAGUAAUGAUAUUGAGCCCUUUGUUAAUCCAAUGCUGGAUGAAAGCAUCACAGCGCUGUCGGCCAUAUGAUUGCUUGACCAUACUUCACCACUUUAGUCGGUGCAGGUUGGUGAUGGAGGGAACCAGGUAGAGUUGCCACCUCUCCGGAUUUGACUCUAGACAGUCCAGGAAUUGAUCUUGUUCAGGUGACAUGAACUCAUUUUUACAGAGAUAUGGUGGCAUUGUGUUGGACUUUGUUGCAGUAUGCUACACAAUUUUGAUAGAAAGUUGUGGAUAAAUCUGCCUAAUUAUAUUCACUGGGAUGGCCACAAGAACUUAUCAUGAGACACUAUGUUCAGAUAUUAAAAGCCCUGAUACAAUGUUGAAUGCAUUAAACCCAUUUUCCUUUCACACUCAAAGGUAAUCCAAGCUUUACGAAUAUUCUUGAAGAAAUAUAUCAUACCUGUAAGUAAGAAGUAAAAUCAUUUUAAUGUUAUAUGUGCAGAAAUAUAAUCGAUUUCUUUGAGAAGAGGUAUACAUGGGUUUCAAUGUUGACCGAACGCUGACGUAAUUCUUUUUUUGUAGAACCGAUUGCCUGGUGAUCUAAUAAACGGUACGAUGCAGUACGUCAACUUUGACAUCCCAUUAACUUUUCAUAUUUAACAGCGAUGUUUUCAUUUUCUACAGCCAGUCAAUUUUAAUGUUUUUACAUUUGGGAGGUAAAAUGUUACUGAAAUGAACACGUUGGUUUAGUAAAAAUUGACGUUUAUGUUUUCCUGAAUGUUUUGUAGGAGGACGACUUGCGAAUCCAUACGUAAGAAGGAGGCGAACUCUCCCCAACGCAAGCCGCUCUUAAUUCAGACAUGUGUCAAAAUGGCAUUGAAAGUACAUGGCAAUCCAUUUUAUAGAUACCCCACAUAUUUCAAAACACGCUCUUCCUUUCUUCUUAACGGGCGAUUGAAUACUCGAUUGUAAACGUGAUGGCUACAUGAAACAAAGUAAAU